AUGCGUGCCUGGUCUACCCCUUUCUUUCGCCCUUUGGCUCCUUUCCUGGCCGGAGGUGUCGUCACCUUCUACCUCAUCAACGCUGCUCAGGAGACCAUGUUGAAGAGCGAGUCGUUCAGGAACGAUCCCCGCAACCCCAAGUUCACCGGCAAGAAGGAGGAGCACCACUAG